GACUGAUGAUUUUGGUGUAGGCGGUUGCCUACUGCCCCACUGUUCAACUGCUGAUAUAAGUGAGUGCAUGUAUGACUGGUAAACUGCCUUUCUCAGGACCAGUUUGCAGACACUCACUUUGAUCAGGUCUGCUGUCAGGGGGUUAGAGAAUGACGGGACACUCUUUGCCAGCUAAAGCUGCCUGUAGGGACUCAAUGAUAAAUAUGGGCUCGGAUGAGUCUGUGCUCAUCCUCAUCAAACACUGCCAGGACAUGAAACAGCAGGAGACACGCCUCAGACUCAUCACUUUCCUUCUGCUGCUCAGCUGUAUGGCACUGGUGCUUUUUAUGACUAGUGCUAAUUUAUGGCAACACAAAAACACGGGGUCCAGACAACAAGAGAAUGAAGUUAAGCAAAGUCCAGCCUACUCCAGACAAGGGUGCCCAGCAGAAAAUCUUUCAACAGACUCCAAAAGACUGCAAAUUCAUCUCAGGUCUGUACCUGAAGCCAGAGUGAGCGGAGCACUGUACAUGACAUGGGAUGCUGAGUUCGGUCAAAUCUACAACCAAGAGAAACGUGCCAUUGUGAUUCCUGUGAAAGGCUUCUACUUUGUCUAUGUGAGGAUUGCUUUAAACUGUCUUGUUGAAGAUAAACAAUUCAAGAGGUUCUUUGUGGAGCUGCAACAGUGGAAUAAAGGUUAUGACAGGAAUGUGACCCUGAUGGAUGCGUUGGAUGGUAUAGUGUGCGCACCACAAGGCUCCAAGACUGUGUUUCUGGGGCGGCUUUUUGAUUUGUCUGAAGGAGAUCAUCUGAGAGUGUUGAUCAUGGAGGGCUACGAACUGAUCACAAAAUCAUCAUUUGGUGCUUAUCUCACAUAGAGAAUAUGCCUUCAUGAGAAUAUGCCUUGACUCUGUCUUCAAAUAAUAUGUUAAACAUAUUUUUUAUAAAACAGUUUAUUUGUGGUUGAUCAUCAUCACUUAUUUAUAAGCUCUGUUUGUUUUUAAAUACUUCCUCUAAAGUAUUCAGAUUUGUCACUGUGUAACACUGUAUGAAGAUUGUCGACAAAUUACAGGAAGAGUUAAAGGAAGAUGUAGUUCCACCACAAGUCUCCACAACAGCUUCAAUGCUCCUUGACAUAGAUGUCUAAUGGAAGGAUGCACAUCAUUCCUCCAACCACUCAUUUGGUGUUCAGUGAUGGUGGAGAAUCUCCCACAGGCAUUCAUCUGGGUUUAGAUCUGGAGACUGGGAUCUGGCAACUGUUGGCCAAACAUCCCCAGCCUUUAUUCACGUUGUUUCCUUUAAUUUGUCACUGAUCUGAGUUUCUGAAAUAUAUUUAUACACAUGAGUAUUGUUUUCAUGAGUAAUAAUUUACUGAGAUAAAAUUGCCUCUACUUUACGAAAGUCUAAAAUGUCACAUGUCUUUGAAGCUUUGAGGUAACUCUGCUUUUGCCCAUGGGUACACUCAAUGGAGAGCUGUCAAAGACUUCAGUGGGGUUUUAGAUAAAAUGAAUGUACUACGCUUUGUUGUUAAAUAUGUUCCUUUGUUAUUUGAAAUAAAUCUUUCAGCUUGUGAAUCUGAAAGAUUCUUUGUCUCUUGGUAAUGAAACAACAGUCAUUGCUAAGUAUAAGUAAUCCUUGUAAAAACUGCAAUUUUGUGAAAAUGAUAUCACCCAAGCUCAAGUCUCAUCCCCAACCCAUCAAAUACUGACACUUUGCAGUGGCGAGCGUCACAACCCACCAUCCCAAAGCAUUAGUACUUGAUGAGCUGGGGAUGAGAGCUGUUCUUACAAAUGGGACCUUUAACAAAAUGCAGAAAUACAGCAUUCUCAUCAUCAAUUUAAAACCAUGUUCAGAAAUAAUCUAACAUGAAGGCUUCGGGAGGUUGGUGGGGGGAGAUCCACGACAGAGUGAAUUCAAUGUUUUUAAGUGGCGAGUGCUUGAUUUCAAGUUUGUCAUCAGAGGGUCUACGUGUCGGCAGCGACCACACUACAACUAGCUUUGGACUACGUGGAGUUAGUCUGCCAGAAUGUAGUUUAAGCAGAACUACCACACACCAAUCCAAAUUUGCUCCCAACUUGUCUAUUUGUGCCGUAAAGGCUGUUGUGAAAAUAUAGGUUUUACACAAAGAUGUUCAUAUUGUGUGCACUCAGGGAUUAUUUUAUGAAUUAUGAAGCGAUAUCUAAUAUCAAUAAUUCUGAAUAAAGUUACUUAUAUACUUUAA